GUCCUCCACCCUACAAUGCAAAGGCUUUAAAGUCCAGAUUUUUUUUUCCUUUUAUCUGACGAGAGGUUAUUUCUUUAAACAGGGUUUUACUAUGUAGCCCAGGCUGGUCUCAAAUUUGUGGUGAUCCUCCUGCCUCAGCUUCUCCAGUGCUGGGAUGGCAGGCACUUGUGUAUUUUUUUAAAAAAUACAAAAUUCCAAUGCCAGAGCUUUCCAUACUUCGUCUCCCACACACUGUCUGCCGAAGUCCUGUAACCCCGCCGGCAUGUCUCAGGCUGAGUUUGAGAAAGCUGCUGAGGAGGUUAAGCACCUCAAGGACCAGCCAACAGACCAAGAGAUGUUGUUCAUUUACAGCCACUACAAACAAGCCACUGUGGGCAACAUAAAUAUAGAGCGGCCUGGGAUGUUGGACCUCAAAGGCAAAGCCAAGUGGGAUGCCUGGAAUCAGCUGAAAGGGACUGCUAAAGAAAGUGCCAUGAAAGCUUACUUCGACAAAGUAGAAGAGCUAAAGAACAAUAAUGGAAUGUAACAGACUGGAUUUGGUCGCCAACUACAUUUAACCUAAAAUGAUAUAAGGCCUUGUGUUUUCUAAUACUGUGGAUGUUGUGAAAAUAGCUGGUUACUAUAGCUUCUUGGUGGGUUUCCAGCAUGUGGCUCUUAACAGAUUAGAGGUGGAAAUGGUCAUUAACCUCUCCCU